AUGAAGUUGUCAGCACUUAUACCUACAACAUUACUAUUCUGUUCCCAAAUAGCCCACAGUUUUGACUUCCUGCAAUAUGAUGACGUUCUUGACGAAAUAUCGUCAUUAGAGGAUUUCUCAGGUGCAAACUCGGCAGCAAUAAAUAAAAGAGACGAAGUUAAUAAUAUAACAGUUAACCAAGCAGCUGUCGAACAAUACACUCAUCUUUUCCAAACGAUUGAGAAGUCGGGCUUGCUUCCUGACUUGCUUGAGGAAAUCUCGAAUAACCAAACUCAAAUUGACAAUUUAGUCGGUUAUCUUGAGUUGAUCUUAUCGGGUGAUCUUAGCAGUGAAAACACCACCGUGAGUCUCAAUGGUAUAAGUAUCAAUCUCAACUUGACGCAAAUCAUGGAUGUUGUUCUAAAAUCAGGUAUUAUUCCAUCAACUUAUGAUCAGUUGUUGGGAAACAAGGAUAAUAAUAAGAAAUUGGCCGAUUUUGCUGGUGGUGCAUUAUCAUCGCCCAACAAUGUAUGGAUUGGUUGGUUAUUGACUGAUUUAGGUCAGGGCCAUGCUUUGACUGUGCCUUUCCUUGCUGAUUUGAUCUUAAACACUACUUCAAAGGCCAAUACUAAUACAACAAAACAAUCCGAUAUUAACGUUAAGGAAACGCCUCCAUUGGCUGAAGAUAUUGGAUUGGAUAGUUCAGGGGUUAAUAAUGAUGGAACUACUAAAGAUGCCAUUGUUAUCAACUUGAAUCAACAAGAAGAAAGAAGAAGGAAAAGACAAGAAGAGUACUUGUCAAGACGUGCUGCUGAUGUUACUGACAAUUAUUCUGGUUCUUUGAGUCAGUUUUUGAACAAUGCCAUCAACACAGUGAUUAAUUCCCAAAUUGUGUCAUCUAGCAUUAAUGACAUCGUAGUGGCUUUAAACCAAUCCGGCAUCAUUACCCCCAUUGUUUUAGAAAUAAUUGAAAAUGACAACUUGAGCAAAUUGAUCAACCCCAUUGUCAAGACCUUGUAUGAGAAUGGAGCAUUCAAUAGUUUGCCGUUGAACUAUUACUUUAUUUAUGCCAAGGAGAGAAAUAUCUUGAGUGAUGGUUUGCAAUUUAUGUUGACUGAUAGUCAUUAUUCACCUCCACUUGCUAGAUUGUUGAAGAGAAUGGAAGAUAUUGGAACGUUCCAAUACUUGCAAGAUAAUAUGUAUGGAUGGCACAAGAGGAGCUAG